AUGAUCGGCGCGGGGAGGGCCAAGUUUGGGCCAGGCUUUGAGACGACGCCGGCGAAGAACAAUCUGCUCGGGCGGUACAACGACGAACUGUGGCCCCACCAGUGGUACAUUCACAACAGUCCGACGUCGCAGCUGGCCAAGUGGGACCACGGCAUCACCAAGGUCUGGGAGAUGGGCUUCACGGGCGCCGGCACCACCGUGGCCAUCCUCGAUGACGGCGUCGAGUGGCGGCACACUGAUCUGAUGGCCAACUAUGACCACAAUGCCAGCUUUGACGUGAACGACAACGACUUUGAUCCCUCACCUCGGUACGACCAGAAGGACAGCAACGCCCAUGGGACGCGCUGUGCGGGCGAGAUUGCCAUGGCGCCGCACAACAUGAAAUGCGGCGUAGGCGUGGCUUUCAACGCCCGCAUCGGCGGCAUUCGCUGUCUCGACGGCGACCUCUCUGACCUGAGCGAGGCGAGGGCGCUCUCCUUCAAGAACGACUACAUCGACAUCUACAGCUCUAGCUGGGGACCCAGUGACGACGGAAAAACGGUGGACGGGCCGAAGGUGCUCGCUGCUGAGGCGCUGGAGCGCGGCACCACCUUUGGCCGCCGCGGCCGGGGCGUCCUCUACGUGUGGGCGUCCGGUAACGGCGGUUCUCGCGGAGACAACUGCAACUGCGACGGCUACGUCAGCUCCAUCUACACCAUCUCCAUCGGCUCGGUGUCGGAGUCGGGCCAGUUUCCGUGGUACGGCGAGAAGUGUGCCAGCACGCUGGCUGUCGCCUACAGCAGCGGCGCCUACCAGGACCGGAAGAUACCGACGACGGACAUCCAUAACGCCUGCACGAUGGAGCACUCGGGCACGUCGGCGGCGGCGCCCAUCGCCUCUGGCAUUCUCGCUCUCGUUUUGGAGGCAAAUCCCAACCUGAGCUGGCGCGACGUCCAGCACCUGAUCGUCUGCACGGCAGAGUUUGGCCCGCUGGCGGAAAACCGCGGGUGGAAGCGAAAUGCCGCCGGUUUCCUCUACAACAGCCAGUUCGGCUUUGGCCUGCUCGUCGCCGACGCCAUG